AUUUAAAAAAAAAAAAAUAAAAAAUAGCUUUUGGUCAAGAAUCCUGAGUCGAAAGCGAAAACAUUUUCAUUUGAUGUGAAACUUAACUUACAAUCACUGUCAGCAUGCUUGCUGUCUGGUUGAAGCUGACAACCAUCCUUUGUCUGUCCUGCACAGCCCUGAGCGUCCCAGUCUCUGUGGAAACGCAAGCAGAGCUGUUCACGCUCUAUCUUGGGGAGCGUCUGGAAUUGAGUUGCUCUGCCAAAGACCCCCUCCAUGCUGUCAACUGGACCAAAGACCAUGUGGCAGUGGUGGAUGGAGAACACGCACGCAUCCGCAAUGACCAGCUGGAGAUUGAGACUGUGGAGCUGACGGACUCUGGCCUGUACGCAUGCACCACCUUCGGCAACCACAGCGUCUACUUCAACAUCACAGUGGAUACCCUGGCCUCAUCUGAGGAUGACGAUGAAGAGGAAAACAAGCCGUCGGGCAGUCAAAAACCUCUGCGUAAGUGUGCUGAUCUCUUCAAGUUACUAAUGCUACUGCAACAAAUGGUCAUUACUCGCUCGCCCAGAGGUGAGCCCAGCCCACCUAUGAAGGAACUCCAUUUCAGCCACUUAUAUCUGCCAUCUCAUUCUUUCGGUCACUACCCAAGUGUCCAAGGAUGGCUGAUGAUUCGACCGCAAAGCGUACGGAAAAACUCCUCACAGCAGCGCUCAGCUGCAAUGGCCCCACAAUGGGCUCAUCCAGAGAAAAUGGAGAAAAAGCUUCAUGCUGUCCCAGCCAGUAAGACGGUGAAGUUUCGAUGCCAGGCCAGCGGCAACCCACCUCCCACUCUGAAAUGGUACAAGAAUGGCAAGGAGUUGAAGAGAGACCAUCGCAUUGGCUUCAAGGUCCGUGACCAUGUGUGGACCAUCAUCAUGGAAUCUGCAGUACCCUCUGACAAGGGAAACUAUACCUGUGUGGUAGAAAAUCAGUACGGCAGCAUCAAUCACACCUACCAGCUCGACGUAGUCGAGCGCUCUCCCCACAGGCCAGUCCUGUAUUCUGGCCUGCCAGCAAAUCGCACUGCAGUGGUGGGCAGCAACGUGGAGUUUGAGUGCAAGGUGUUCAGCGACUCUCAGCCUCAUAUCCAGUGGCUGAAGCACAUUGAGCUCAACGGGAGCCGAGUUGGUCCAGAUGGUUUACCGUAUGUCCGUGUCCUCAAGACCGCUAUCCUUAACACCACGGACAAGGAAUUGGAUGUCCUGCAACUGAGAAAUGUGUCUUUUGAUGAUGCUGGGGAGUACACCUGCUUGGCGGGCAAUUCUGUCGGGAUCUCUCAUCACUCUGCAUGGUUGACCGUUUUUGAAGUUACAGAUUCAGCAUCUGACCAAUCAGACAAUAAUCUGGUCCUGAUGAUUGUUGUGAUCUGUGCUGCGCUGCUGCUUGGCAUCAUCAUGUGGGUCCUCACAUGGAUCAUCAUUAAGAGGAACGUCCCCACCAAUGAUGUUUAUGAGGGCAUGUGUGGAACAAUCAGACGCUAAAGAUGUCAGCCUGCAAGCAAGCAACCUGAAACUCCACAAUCUCUCUGCACUAAGGCGCAAGUUAUGCAUGUGAAGCAAUGUUGCAACUCAGCAUGUUCUCUCUCAUCUCUUCAGGCCCUAUGUGUGUCUGGCUGAAAGACAGUUAAGACAAUAAAGUCUAUGAAUUGCUAAAAGCUACAACAUGGGAACAGCUGCACUGCCAAUGAACAGUUUGGCACAACUGGCACAAAAAAUACAUAACACAACCCUGAAAGUAUAGAGAAGUACAAAUGUCUUGUCUUUCAGUGGCAAGAAAUUAGACCUGGAUUGUACUGACAUGAGGCCCUGACAUGUCUUUUUAAUUUGCCAAUCCCUAUCUUAGCGAAUUGCAUAGUCAACUAAUAACAUGGGUGUGCAUCAUGAUUAUGAAAAUGAUUGUGCCAUUUAGUGCUGUCAAACUUAACGGGUUUAAUAAUUUGUGUUAGGUUAAUUUGAGACAUUAAAUGCGUUAAUAAUGAAUUGCGGGUUGACCGCAAUUUCACUUCGUUGUAUAUGAGAGGUUGUAGUGAGCUCACUUUUGCUGCUAGGAUGAAGACUAUGGUAUUGAAUUAAACGGGAAAACAUCAGGCAUGCAUUGGUACCACUCUAAACAUGCUAA